CUCCUCGCCUCGUCUCUAACCGCCAGGUAAGAAAAUCUGAGCUCCCCGCCCGCUUCCAUCGUAGGUCGGUGCUGGCGACUUUGUGUCGCAUGCAAAGGGAAGCCCUCGCAAGCCGUUUCUGCUUUCAGUAAGUGGGGUGUGGUGGAAAAGGGGUGCGGGGUAGGUCCAGCAAUCGCUGGAAGAUGCAUUUGCUUCAAUUUCUCGAUUUUGCUCUGGCCCUGGGUUUUUGUCUUGAACACAGCCAGCCUCUGCUCCCAGCAAGGUGAGAUCUGCGUAAGGAUUUUGCAAACGCAAAGGGGAAAGUCAAAUAUGUUUCAUCUCUCUCUCUUUCCUCCCCCCCCCCCCCGCUUCCCCCGCUGCAACAAAAACAAAAAACCGUGGUGGUCUCCAGGGGAAAUGCAUUUCUUCCUUUUAGUGCCUAGCAAUUUUGCAAAGAGUCUUUCUCUGCAGCUUCCUCGCCGUGACAGAGCGCUUGUGCAUCCGUCACUGGGGAAAAAACCCUGAAGGUAGAUAUUGUCUGCCUUUUGCAUUCAUCUUGCAACAAGGAGUCAGAUGCAUGUCUGCCGGGCUAUGUUUUCACAUUGCUGUGUGUGGGAACCUCUCCCCCGCCUGCUGCUGAGCAACUAGACGAAGUUGAUGGAAAGAGCAGCAAUGGCUGGUUGCAUCAAGUGAUGGGGGACAUCUCAUAAAAAUAUCUUCUGCAAGGUGUAAAAGUGGCUUCUAUAAAACAAUCACUUGCAUGUUCCAAGUUACUUACAACCUUUUGGCUAAGAGAAACCAGAGGCAAAUGAUUUUUGUUUGUUUGUAUGGGAUGCACUCAUCCAAUUUUGCACCAGAUAAGCCAAAUGCUUCAAAAUGUUUGUGAGAAGCACAGAUCAGGGUGAUAAGAAUUCAGUACUGGCAAUAUCCCAUUUAAAGAUGAAACGGAAUAGGAUUGGGAGACAAAUAUAGCGAAACAUAAUGUGCAUGUUUACUUGGGACAGCUGCAUGCGCCGGUGACACUUAAUGGACUGCUAAGACUACAUGGUUCCCACAAGCAAUACUUAAAUUUUUUAUUUUGUUUUGUAUUGCUCAUGUUUGAAAUUGGAAUGGCAAAAAUAGAUGCGCCUGGUGAAAAUGUGUUUUCAAUUUAAAAUGGAUCUUUUCCGGUGUCCAUAACACACCCCAGUGGCGUAGCGUGGGGGGUGCAGGGGGGGCCAGCCGCACCGGGCGCAACAUCUGGGGGUUAGGGUUAGGGGGCGCAAAUCCACGGGUUAGGGGGCGCAAAUUACUUGCCUUGCCCCGGGUGCUGACAACCCACGCUACGCCACUGACACACCCAACAGCUCUUGCAAGUGUUGCCCCCCAGAGACUACAAAGCACUGUUUUGCCUGAAGCAGGAGUUCCUAUCCCUGCCGUCUGUACAUAUAGGUGGCCAUGUUUAUAAAGCAGGGAACGUCUUUCUGUUAGCCUCCCAAUGCCCCCUAAGCACCGGCAGGAAGCAUGGAACGCCUUGCAGUUCCUUCUUCACUUAAAAAUUAAGAAGGUAAUAACAUCUGGUAGCAGAUGUCCUUCCAAUAUCACUAGGUCCAUCUAGGCUCAAUAGCCAGCCUACAAAUUUGGCAGGAGCAUACCAUAAAAGUAGGGGGGCAGUUUAUUCUUAUGUACACAUUAAUGUUUUACUUGUAUUAAUGAAGGCUAUAUUAAUAAUGAUAAUGAUCAUAAUUGCUGGUACCUGCGCAGGCCCUGCAACAGUGUCAGGCCAGGCUGGAGGUGAACUAUUUCUAGGUGUGCCAGAACGCAAAAGGAAGACGUCCUGCUGACCUGACCUUCAUUCUUCACCUCAUUGUUCUUCACCGCCUUCCUUGGCAGUCUGUUUCACUAUUGAACAGCAAAUGUUCUUCCUGACGUGGUUUCCAGGCUCCUUCUCAUCCAGGCAGUGACUAGGCCCAAACCUGCUUAGCUUCAGCAAAGAUUGUUGCAUCAAUGUGCCUUCAAACCACACCCUUGGUCUAGAUUUUGUUGUGGUCCAGCAUUGCUUAGGGUGAAAUAAGCAUAAAUCUCCUUUAGAUCAAUGGAAUUAAGGGGUAAUUAAGCUUUCCCUGAAUACAGAGAUCUUUAAACCCCAGGAGUAGCUUUAUAAGCUCUGGCUAUUUCAUAUCGACAACUGUUAAGUGCUUUUCUCAAGAAGACACAUGCGUAGCAUGGUCAUUAAGAGAGAAUUAUCUUUGUGGCUUGGCAAUUUCAAGUUGCUUUCACACACACACCCCUUAAGAAACAUACAUGGACUUUUAUCAGGAAAUAAGCAACCAGCGUAGAUUUUCACUGUAAUGUAGCUUUUGUAAAUAUAGAAAAGACUGGUUCCUGUUGUCCUCAGAAAUAAUGAGUUAAGAUGGGAUUUUACUGUUUCUCCACACUUGGAACUUCUUGCUAAGUGUGUAUCAGAAUUGGAGUCAACUCCUCCGAAAUGGGGCAUAACAUAAACAUUCAAAUAAAUAAAAGUGCUACCAAUGGAUUUUGGCAAUUUUUGUGUCUUGGGGCUCCUAUUAAUGGUGUCUGACCUUUGAUCAGCUGUCUGUUACUACACAGAUUAAGAUACCCUUGGAAAGGCAUUUAAAACUGGAUGGCUUCAGAAGUGUAGGUUAUUUCAAACCAGGUCUAUUUCUACUGGCCUUGUGUGUCACAAUAUAGCAUAAAUUUCCUUUUAAUAAUGGCAUUUUAAUAUCUUGCCGGAGCAAUUACACUGCUCAUUGGCUCCUAGCAUGAUUGGUUCUUGAAACUGCAUAACCUUUCAAAACCUCUCGUCUUUAGAGCUCCCUUGCUAUUCAAGGCGACUUCAGCAAUUGUUAACGCAGGCAUUUGACUAGGCAGCUGUCAUAUCUGCUUAAUUAUUCAGUCUCAAAAUGACCUUUUAAAUGAAGCAUCUCCCCACCCCCAGUUAUUUAGCAACUGAGAAUUUGGUGCAUAUCUUAUCAGCAUUUAGCUGAGUGGCUUGAUGGCUGUUAUUACCCCCUCCCCAAAAUAAAAGCUAUCAGGAUUAUUUGCUAGCUGUGCUUUCCGUCGUCAUGCUUGCACAUCACGAUAAGCCAGAGUAGCUGGCUUUAUCAUGAUUUAUUCUGAAAGAGCAGCAAGCUUCUUCAAAAGAAACAAACCAAGUUGGCUUCCCAUGGUUCUGAACCUGAAAUGAUGGGGUUUCUCUUUAACCAACCAGCAUUGUCAGCCAGCCUAAAUCAUGGUAGGGAGUUGUUGUUGUUGCUGUUGUUGCUGUUAGUCUUACAAAUCUUGGCUUGAUAGGAACAGUGGUGGCUGGUAGGACAGAAGGAAGGGAGCCCAGCAGUAGGUGGCGCCAGAGCAAAUGACAGUUGCAGCCAGCUAAUAUUCAGCUUCUACACAACCUCCUCCCUGCUGCGUUCUGCAAGGGCAAUGGUGUCACUAAGGAGGAGGAGGAAGAUGGCAGACAGUUCUACUCCUGAACUAAUAUAAAGAAACUAGGGAAGUGGGGUGUGUGUGGUGUGUUUGGCUCAGAACAGAAUGAGGUUGGUGUGGCAGUGCUCCAUUUGCCCAAAUUGUCCAUCUUCCCCUGGGUAGGGAACAACUAAGUAAGAUCCCAGAUUUGGAUGCUGCAUCAAGCCAAGUUAAUUGUGGCUCCCUGGUUUCUUUCUCUCAUUCCCAACAGGGGAGGAAGAGAGUAUGAGUUGUCAGUUUCACAGUAAACCAUGGCUAGGCAGCGAUUUUUCCUAGCCUUUUCUGUUUUUUUGUCACUGCAAUGAGGUAAUGUUUGCACACUAUUAUUUGCUUGCUAAUUAAUGUUCAUCACAACAUGUGUCCCUCCCCUUUGCUCCCCUGCAGGCUCCCAGCUGGAUAUUGGACAGAACUGGCAGAAACGAAGGGGUUUUUUUAAUGCAAAGUCUUUAAAUUGCUCCCUGAAACUGAGGUUGAUCUUGCCUGUUGAAGGAAGAAUGGCUCUUGCGCUAGAACUAGGAGCCCUGUGCUUACUCUUGGGAAUUCUAACAGGUAAGGCAAGACUCUUCGUACUCAUGCUGUAUAAAUAUAAUAAACCAUUAUUUUGCUUUUGAGGCCAGGAGAGAGAAUAAAGGUCUGCACACAACCCAGGUUCUCCACUGUGCACAGAACCUCAAAAUAAUUUCUGACUUGCAAAGACUCCCAAAUGGCUUAUGAAGAUUGUGAUAGAAGUAAUAGAAGUAUCUUAGCACCAGCUGGAGAGUCUAAAUGGAUGUGCACCGUACAGUAUAGACAUGUCACAGUUGCUUGAGCAGUUCAGUCCAUACCUCACAGUAAACCAUGGUCUGAACCAAGGGUCAUUGCUUGUUUUGCUCCCAACAAACAUUUGGUAAGCCAAGAAAACCGCUUGGAGGUUUUUUGUACAAUCAAGCAUUAUUUAAAUUUUAUGAAAUGAAUAAAUUAAUAAGAACAAAUAUUUGCUUCACUUCAUUGCUCGUUUGUGGCCAAACAACCCAUGACUUCUUGGUUCAGACACAGCAUUAAGUCAAAAGUUGUGGUUUUCUGCUCUCUCUCACUUGUGCAGAGGAGUGAAGCAUUCACAGGAAACCAUUAACUUUGGUUUACCAUGAUGUGUGCAUGCUAUCAUUGUAAACACUAAGCGGCCUGAAUUUCUAUUUCUUUUAAACCCUUUACAGACCAUUUGUGCAGAUUGCUUUUGAGGUUUUCCCUUUUUCAGAGCUUUAUUUUUAUUUGACUCGUUUUUUUCCUUGCUCUCGUUUUGCCUCCCCUCAACUGCUCAAUCUCCAUCUAGAAACAGGGCUCUACUCUUCCUGAAGCAAAUGAUUUCCCCCUCCCCUCCAAAGGCUUCCCGUGUUUCAGAGAAGAGAUGGCGGCUGGGCACAUCAGUAACAUGAAAGUAACCCAGAGAUAUAAUUAAAUCCUAUUUAUUAUGUACAGGAGCUUAAAACCACAUAUAGCUUAACACUGGAGCCUUGGAUGAAUUUCUGACUUUUGCUUGGUGAAAGAUUUUCAGAAGCCCUGCCAAAUGUUGCCAGAGUUAGUUAAGCCUUUUUCAGUAUGUGGUUAAAAAAAUUCUUCCCUCGCCCACACCAGAGGUAUAAAUCUGUGAGUGAUGAUCGUGGCUAGUUCAAACUGAUCUACAAUUGUAUGAUUUUAUGAGUAAGUGGUUUAGGGUUAAAAGUUUGUUUGUUCAUACAUUGGGAGUAUGGGGUGUUAGGGGAGGGGUAGCACCUCUUAUGAUGGAUGCGGGUAGCGCUGUGGUCUAAACCACAGAGCCUAGGGCUUGCUGAUCAGAAGAUCGGCGGUUCAAAUCCCUGCAAUGGGGUGAGCUCUCAUUGUUUGGUCCCAGCUCCUGCCCACCUAGCAGUUCAAAAGCACAUCAAAAUACAAGUAGAUAAAUAGGUACCACUCUGGUGGGAAGGUAAACGGCGUUUCCGUGCGCUGCUCUGGUUCGCCAGAAGCAGCUUAGUCAUACUGGCCACAUGACCCGGAAGCUGUCUGUGGACAAACGCCGGCUCCCUUGGCCUGUAGAGCGAGAUGAGCGCACAACCCCAGAGACGUCCACGACUGGACCUAACGGUCAGGAGUACCUUUACCUUUACCUUUUAGCACCUCUUAUGGGGUACCACUUCAGCAGGGCUUGUCGCCUGGGCAGCCCAGGGCCUCUACACACACUGCCUAGGCUCCCCCCCCCCCCAGGGAGAUCACUUUGGUGCUGUUAACUUCACCUCCGGAGGUGCACUGAAAUCUUCAGUAUGUUGCUGACGUUUUCCUUUGUGAUUGUGGGCCUGUGAACCAUCCCAACACCUCUCAUACUCUGGGAGCUGCUAACUAGACUUGCAAUGUUGAUGUCGUGAAUGCUCAGUUAAAGUGUUCCUUAGUUUUCUGCCUCCAUUCAGUAAUCCACUUAUUUUAUUUUAAAUUUAUGUAUCUUAUUCCUAAUACUCUGUCAUCUACGUCAGUGAUCAUCAGCAAUUUUCCACCAUCAGUUAGUCCUCGACCAUUCCCUGGGCUCCAUGAAAAUUGUUUCUUACACUUGUGUUAGAAAGGCUGUCAUUUCGCAUUUAUAUAGUUGCUGCAACUUUACGGACCGAAUAAUGUAGCUUGACAAUGCAAUUCUAUACGCACCUAGUCAGAAGUAAACCCUGCUGAGUUUAUUGGGGCUUGCACCAUAAAGUGUACAUAGAAUUUCAGCCUUGACCACUGAAGUAAAGGCACAGGAAGGUAUAGAUUUAAAAUUUCAGCCAAGUUACAGAACGCUGUCAUUACACUGUCAUUUUUCUGACGCCUUCGCUUUAGCUGCAGUCCUAUUACAUGCUUACCUCUGAGUAAGCCUCACUGAAUUCAGUAGGGUUCACUUUUUGAGUAGACAUAGUUUGCCCUGUUACUUUUGUUUGUCAUGUGUCUUCUAUACAGUUUCCCCUGUUUUUUUUAAAAUGGUUUUUAUUUUUUCUAGUGUAGGACAUGCUGAGGCCAUUUGGUGAUAAGGCAAGAUAUAAAUACCUUAGAUAAAUAAUACCGAACAGAUUGUCCAUGCUUUCCAUACCGUCUGUAAAGCUGAAGCCAAUUUGACUCACAUUGUUGUUAAGGGAAUAAACUGGUGCCUGUGUCCUGUUUCUGACAUCUUGCUUUCAUCCAGUUGUCUCUACCCACAAGGCCUAGAAAACUGCCAUUUAAAGGUAAUUACAGCUGAGACCUAGAUAGAUGCAUUUAAGUUCAUAGUAACAGAGCCAAGCCCAAUGCGUAUUUUGGAUAGAGAGGCCACUUGUAUGUGGCUCAAAAAGAUUCGGUGGAAGACACUUUUAAAUAGAUAUCUGUUCACUUGCUGCAUACAUAUUGAAAAGGGCGAAGGCUGUGUCAAAUGUUCUGCUGACUCACUGACAAUGAAAUUAAAGUGACUGUGUAAAAAUCAUGGCAUUUGCCAUUAUGUUUUUAUUUUAAGACUGGGAUAUUAGAGAUGCCCCUCUUGCUUGGCUACCCACUAUUGGAGGCAGGAUGAUGGGCUUGAUGGAUCUUUAGUCUGAUUUGACAGGUCUCUUGUUACAUUCACUAUUAAGAAACUAAUGGGAUGAACUUAGCUAGGUGGAGAUUUUUUAAAAAAAAAAUAAUAAAAAAUAAUAAUAUAAUACAGUGGUGCCCCGCAAGACGAAUGCCUCGCAAGACAAAAUACUCGCUAGACGAAAGGGUUUUCCGUUUUUUGAGCUGCUUCGCAAGACGAAUUUCUCUAUGGGCUUGCUCGCAAGACGAAAAACGAAAACGUCUUGCAAGUUUGUUUCCUUUUUCUUAACACCGUUAAUACAGUUGCCACUUGACUUCGAGGAGCAACUCAUAGAACGCGGUGUGGUAGCCUUUUUUGAGGUUUUUGAAGACUUUGGUGAUUUUUGAAGCUUUUCCAAAAAUUCUUUUAAACUUUUAAAACUUUUUUGGGGGGGGUUUGGAUUUUGGGUUGGGGUGUUUGGAAUUCAAGGACUUGGUGUUGGGGAGGGGUUUGCAAGAAUCUGGAAGUUUGUGUGUGUGUUUUCUGCAUUUUUAUGAUUUUCUGUGACCAUUGGGCCACUCUGCUGUUUUUUUAAAAAAAUUCUGGAUUUGAAUUUCUGUGUGGUGGGUGGCUGGGGGAACAGUUGAGGAGGGGUUUGCAAGAAUCUGGACACUUGUGUGGUUUUUUUCUGCAUUUUUAUGAUUUUCUGUGACCAUUGGGCCACUCUGCUGUUUUUUAAAAAAAAUUCUGGAUUUGAAUUUCUGUGUGGUGGGUGGCUGGGGGAACAGUUGAGGAGGGGGUUCUUCAGCAAGAAGCAAAGAGUGGAAGAGGAACCUUCUUCGAGUUGUCCCCCAGAGUCUUAGAAAAUGUACUGUACACUUUGUUGAUUUUUAAAUGUUUUUCUGUCAUGUUUAGAAACUUAAUUUAUUGUUCCUUCAAUUUUUGAAAUGCUCUUUACAGUAUGUGUGACUUUAAAGAGCACUUAAUAAACUCUUGUUGUACCAAAUUUGGCUUUGUUUGGACUCUUUUUGACCAUAGGAACGCAUUAAUUGAAUUUCAAUGCAUUCCUAUGGGAUUUCGUGCUUCGCAAGAUGAAAAAUUCGCUAGACGAAAAAAUUCGCGGAACGAAUUAAUUUCGUCUUGCGAGGCACCACUGUAUAAUAUAAUAUAAUAUAAAUAGGAUAAGUGCAUUUGACAGCAUGAGUUUUGGCUUCUAAAUUACCAGCAAACAUAUAAGUCGUAUAUGGAUUACACCACCACUUCUGCAAGCCAGUUUACACCAUGUUGUUCAUACAGUUAAACUUACGCUGUCCCUCCCAAGAAUACAGCAGAGUCAGAGAUGAUAUGCUGAAGUGGCUUGUGCAGUGCUCAGCUCCCGGCUUCCUUAUAGUCCUUAUUCAUACAGUUUUGCACCUUUAUCCUUUGCAUUAUCCAUCCACUAACUUCAGACUUCCACUGUUUUCGGUUUGAACUACUGUCCCAUCUGCAUGCAUGCAUGAGCAGCAUGGGCGUAGCCAGGAUUUUUAUUGGCGGGGGCAGGACUUUUGUUAAGGGGGCCAGAACCGAUGUGAUUGGUCAGUUAGUUAAGUAUUUCUAUUGUUUUACUUGAUCUAAGGGGGGCAGCUGCCCCUCACUGACCCCCUUGGCUACGCCCAUGAUGAACAGAGUGAAAUCCACCUCCUUGCUUGUGACAGGGGUGGGUUUAUGUGUGUGAGUAUGAAAACAACCACAUCUGCAAGCCAUACCUGCAAGGCCAACUGUGAGAGUUUAUCCCCUCAUAAUCCUCACCUGGCUGGGAACGUUAGCAGUGAUUGGCUGGAAAGGACCUUCCAAUGGGCCCCAUCUGUGUGGUUUUUCAUUGAGUUCCUUCAUGCCCAUGUGGCGUGGGAUUGCAACAUAAAAUGCUGUAGGUGCAUUUUGGCAAGGCUUGAGAUGCCUUAUGCGACUUGAUUCUGAGGAAGAGCUCAGCAGCAAAAAUAACAACUGACAAAGUAUAAUUGGGGGGAACAGACUGGGGGGGAGGGGGAUCAAGGUCUUAAAACACCAUCGCCACAUCAUUUACUGUUAAUUAGUCAUUUGUGUACUGUCUGAAUUGGUUCUUCAGCAGGAUCCCAGAAAUACAGUAGUUUGCUGAAAGCAGAGAAUGGCUCUUUCCCUUGUAGAAGUGCCUAACCCUGAUUCUCUGCAAACCAGAUGCUCUCUUUUUCAGUGACUCAGCAGGCUGCAUUGCCUAGUAAGCUUCUUUGUGUGCUACCCCUAUUUCAGUGGCAGCUUAAAAAAAAAAGACCUUUCAUUGUACCUCUCUCCAAAAUAAGCGAGAUGGAUGCAGUGAUAUGUCACUUCAAAAAAUAGGGGGAGCAGGCUCUAGUUGGAAAACCAUCUUUUGCUCUCUGCUGGACAAGAGCUGUGAUUUAUUUCCCCCCCUUUUCUUAGGCUAGUUUGGAAGGAAGGUGCAGUCAAAGAAGGGAUCUGAUUCUUGUUACUUUUAAUUGAGUUUUUAAUUCUUUGAGUGACGAUUCAAGUGAUUCCUUGUUGAUAAAGUGACUACUCUCUAGGCUACAUUAAAUCAAUAUAAAUUAAUGAAGCUUUUUAUUUUUAUGAGAAUGCAUUGUAAGGGGAAGGACUUUUCAGUGCUCCUGCUCUCUUGUGAUAUGAGUACCUAUCAUUUCAGGGUGUUUCUGCGAACAGUGCAGAGAAGGCGCCAAGUAUUCGGAUGCAAUAAUAUCUCCUAAUUUAGAAACGAUGAAGAUUAUGCGGGUCCCCCAUGCUGUGUCGGUGUUAGACUGCACGGCAGCCUGUUGCGAUCUUUCCGACUGCGACUUGUCCUGGAUGUUUGAACGGCACUGCUACAUCGUCAGUUGCCAACGUAAAGGGAACUGCGAGCCCAAGAAGAUGGAGAAGGUGAAGUCCUCUUUGACUUUUGUGCUAAGGCCUCCCCAGAGGCCCUCUGCACCGCUGGGAUACGGGCAGGUCCUCCGCCCAAUGGCGCUGCAGGGAGACCCAUCAGACGAAGUCAGCAGCCUGAAGGAGCUGUCCUUCCUCAGUCGGGAGGAGAGCCCAGACUACCCGGAUGAAUAUGGAGAUACGGAGCAGAACCCCUUUCGGCUGAGCCUCAAACCUGAAGAGAAGGAGGAUGUGAACUAUGCUGACUGGAGUUUGUUGGUGGCAACUGAGAAUGGCUUCAAUUCUUCAGGGCUCAGUGAUGGAGACAAACAUGUUGACCUGGUCAGAAGUGAAGAGGAGAGAGGUCCUUUGGAGACUCCUACAGGUGCAAAUGAAUCCAAGGGAAAUCAUAUCACUGAACGUCCUGGAGAGUUGCCAGAGAUCAUGUUGGGCAUGAUGGAGAAAUCUGCAAAUGAAUUAGGUUUUCAGCCGCCUGAUGAAACCAACAGCACCUGGCAGGAAGAGGUAUGUUACCAGUAUUUCAUUUUUUGAAAUAGCAUUGGAGUAACAUAGAAAUCUGCAAAUAAAAUAGUUUGGUUUUCCACCAAACUAGAUUUUUUCCCCCUGAAUUCUUUGGUGGGAACCCAUGCCUGUUAAGAUGGAAUAAAAUUGAUAAAAGGCUUGCGGUGCUGGUGGAAUUUUGGCCUAAUUUUUGUUUGAGGCAGUUAAAUUCUUGCUCAUGUAACCGGGAGUUGAUUUUAAGAAACGGCCCUUAGUUAAUGCGGAAAAUUAGCAGUAGUCUUUGUUGUUUGUGAAAGCUGAAAAGCCUAGAUUAGUGCUGAUUAAUCCUAGAUUAGUUUAGGAAAGCCUAGAUUAAUUUAAAUACACUUCCUUUCCCCCCCCACUUGCGUUGCAUAUCUUUUGGGCAACUCAGACAAAUAAGAUUUCAUUGUGCUAGUUGUACAGAAGGACAGGAAAUUUCUGUCGCCUGGAUUUAAUAAGCAUUUUGCUCUGUGUGCUAUCAUAUCUCACUUUACUGUUGGUCUCCUAUAUAGCUAUGAGGGUGCCAGGUGAUGUACUGCUUUCACUCCUUGUAGAGGGAAUUAUUUUGCAGAAUUUGCAUGGGUGUGUGUUUCUUUAUCUCCAGCGGUCCCACCCUGGUUUUUUGUUCAGUUUUCAUAGCAGAGCUAGAUAAAUCCCAGUCAUCUACUUGCCCAGGUACUUAAAUAUUUGAUGCUGGGACUUGGGAAUGUACAAUGUUUCUCAUCCCAUAUGUCACUGGUAAAUGCAAUUGAUUCUAGCUGUAACAUAAUUUUGCACUUUUUCUUCCAAUACAGUGUUUACGAUGUGUGUCAUAAUGUGAGAGGGGAAAUAUACACAAUAAUUAUAUAUUCCUGCAAUUCAUCUUGUAGGUUCUAACAACUUCCCAUAAUCCUUCCUCAUCAGACACCCUGGGGUUUCUCUCCACCACUGCAACACAAACUCAGACAUCAGACCUGCGAAAUUUUAUGCAGGAUGAUGCCACAUCCCUUCCCACUGGCGCUGUUUUCACCCAAGCUACUGCCACAGAUCAAGUAUUGUUGCCCACUUCUGCCACCAAAGAUGGUAAUGUAAAUUCUUUUGAGAAUAAGGCUGCAAUCCUAACUGUGCUUAUCUGGGAGUAAACCCCACUGAAUUCAAUAGGAGUUACCGUACUUUUCUGUGUUGUAACACGCCCCAAUGUAUAAGAAGCCCCUUCUUUUUUGGGACUCCAAAUUGAGAAAAUGGGGGGAAAUUGCCCAAACUUGUUGUUGAGCUUUUUUUUUGGGGGGGUGCCAAAAAUCGCUCACCCAUGGGACCAACACAGCCGAUCACACGGACAUCAACGAAGCGACCAAUCGUCUGAUUGCUCACCGAAAGCAAACGCCAAUCGCCCACCCAAUUGCCGCAGCAGCCAAUAUCCUGCGGAACUUGACGCAACAAUCAGUCACCCGCCAAAACACCACUGACAGUCUCCGGCUCAUAGCAGCCACCAAUCGCCCGUCCAACCUCAUCAUUAUCCAUGUAUUAAUAAUAAUAUUUUUUUUUAUUUAUAUCCCGCCCUCCCCAGCCGAAGCCGGGCUCAGGGCGGCUAACAACAAUAAAAUAGUGCAACAUUCUAAAAACAUUUCAUUAUAAAAAUUAAUUAAAAUCAAAUUGAUGGCAACCAUAAGCUUAAGUUCUGUAAAGAUUGCCAAAGGAGGGAGUGGGGAGACAACCCCACUUUUUGUGCUUAAUUUUUCAAGAAAAAACAUAGUCUUAUACACAGAAAAAUACGGUAUUUCAGAGUGGAUGUAUCUAGGACUGCACUGAAAUUAGAAGUGCUAACUUCUCAAACUGUUGCUUGAAUCAGGCUUGUAAAAAACUACUUAGCUGCUUGCAUGUGGUGAGGAAGAGAAGAAUCUUUUAAAGCAGGAAGAAAUCCUUGUGCUGAAUAAAUUAUCUGCUUAAUGCUUCAUCAAAUAAAAUGCAUUAUUAUUAUUCUUAUUAUUUUAUUAUUAAGUUUAAGCUUCAGAGGGAAGAUUCAUCAAGUCUUGAUGAGAAAACAACUGUCCCAAACCAAUGUUAUUAAUAUACUUAGAAUCAUAGAACUGUAGAGUUGCAAUUGCAUGCUUUACCAACUGAGCUAUCCCAGCUGUUUCAGCAAUAGAAAAUUCUUGCUAUGCUUUCCUCAAUACAUUGUUUUAAAAUAACUUUUUAAAAAAAUUAUACGCAGUAAAGGAACUCCUGGUGUCGGCUGGAGAUAAUCUACAAGUAACUUUACCAGAAAACGACGUUGAAUUGCAUGCAUCUGUAGUCACACCAUUCCUUUCAGGUGAGUUCUUAAUGCAAGUGGGAUGGAGGAGAAAAGCACCAAGUUGCUCGUCUUAUGCUAGAAACCAUGUAGAGACUAUCGACAAAAAUCUGAAUAAACUAUGGUUUGCCCAAACCAGUUUCCUUCCACAUUCAUUUGAAAUGGAAAACUAUAGUUUGCUGCAAAGUGAAACCCCUUAUUUCUUCCUCUUGCAAAUGAAGGGGUGGUACUGCGUGUGAAUUCAAGCAUGGUUCACUUGCUUUGUUUAAGCUGGGCCAAUUAUUCUCUCGUAAGAUUCUAAAUUAUUCAGAUAUUAAAUGUGCAAAGUCAGUAAAUGUAUGCAAAACUGGGAAAUCUGCAUGAACGUUGUUGGCUGACACAGCUAAUGUUGAGUAUCAACUUUGUGUUUGGCACCAACUUUUAACUGCGAAAAAGGUAAAUAAGGUUUAAUAGCUUUAUGUAAGCUCAGGGAGAACAAAUGAGGGAAGUAAGGAUAGAAGUUUUUUCAGAGACAAAGUCAUUUUAAACUGAUGGGAAAAGUUAGAUUAUUGCACAGUAUGAAAGUCAGAAAUUCUACCAGUAAUUCACACAUAUUAGCUGGCUUAUGAGGUGUGGCCAUUCAUACUGAUUAUGUAUAAAAACUUCGCUUGUUGAUCAGUUUGGCUAGUUCAAUUUUUAGGAAAUAGGGACAGUUGCCAGUGAUCAUGCAUGCACCACAAUUCUUCCAUAACUGGUCCCAGUUCAGAUACUAAUGCAAUCUUCACAUGAUAUAGGAUUGCCAUUUCAUGUCUUCAUUUCACUGUACCCCAUGCUGAUGUUCAUUUGUGCGGAGGACUUUCUCAUGCAGUUUCUACCCUUCCAAGUAGAAGGGAAAAUAAAUUGUGUGAGCAGACCAUCACUGUAAAAUGUUCCGCUUAUACCUUAAGUGGUGGAAGGCAGUGGGGCCUUACGUUUCUCUGCCCCGUGAAAGCUUGGCGAACAUCAGAGCCAGGAUCAGGUCUCUCUUCCAAAGAAGAACCAUAACCAGUUGCUGUGCUGCUUCCUCCUUUUCAGAAUCGGCCUAUAGUUAUGAGUGGAGCUUGAUGAGUCACCCUGAUGGUUACAAUGGUGAAAUGGAGGGCAAGCACACGCCAACGCUGAAACUUUCUCAAGUAAGUGAGCUGCUCCUUAGGGAGAUUUGACUCGUGUUUACCGCAGGGUGUGGCAAAAUGCACACUCAGCUACGGUGGGUAAUGGCGUUAGAGAUGCUUUGCUGUAAGGCAGUCGUGUCAGUUACAAGUUGCCGUUGUCAAUGGGCCUAUUUCUCUCCAGAUUAGGGUGGUGUUCCUGGUGGCUGGCACCAAGGGAGAUUCCUGAAAAUAUACCUGUUGGCACCUAAAGAACUUGGUGCUGUUCUAGCCCUGGUGUCAGGAGCCAGAGUCAGGAGUAGGUCUGUAAUAAAACACCUGGUGCCCGUGAAGUUAACUCUUUAUUCAAAGAAACCAAAACAGUGCAGGCCUAGUGAUCCCAGCAACUCUUCCCAGUAGGUCUUGCAUCAUUGUGGCAGUUGCAAGGACCAAAGGUCCCCGUUUUCACACUGCUAAGGCUACUUCCCCUUGUUUCUCUUUUCUCUGCCCUCUUCAUUUCUCUGUGUGUUCUGGGAGAGGAGCUGGUCACAGCAGAAGGGGGAGAUUCCCUGGCUUCUUCAGCAGCCUGCCUCGUCUCUGUCUCCCGGCCUGCCUCCUCUCCUGCUUCUGAUUCUGGACUGCUCUCUGCCCCAGCCUCUUCCUGCUCACUAAACCCUGUCGCCUGAGCAACUCUUAUACGUAGGCAGUUCAGGAAUAUGGUAGACUAUCUUACUGGCUGCGCUUCCAGUCUCUGCGAUACUUUCUUGUUUCUACGCAGCUCAUACCCAGUGCUACCUGUAUAUAUAUACCAUUUUCCUUUAUUUCAGCUGUUAGAGGUAUCGGUUGGUUGCUCGAGAGCAAUCAGGCAAUAUGCUUCAAUAGUCUGUUUUAAUGGUUUCUUAUUGGUGAUAAAAACCAUUAGAAUGCAGAGCGCCUCUAUUCCGUGUCUUGCUCAUUCACUGGCAGAAUCUGAGAGUGAGCGGUCCUUAAACCUUCACUAGCAGAGUAGUUUCUUGACGCCCAGUCUGCGCGUCCCCUCUCUGCGCGGACGCCUACUGCACAAGGAAGGCGUUUGUAACGGGGGACCUCUCUCCUCCCCGCUUUGCUCAGGCAAGGUGUCCUGGCACCGCCUCGCCUCCUCCGAGCCCUGCAUCUCCUCUCCACUAGAGGCGUGGCUUCCUUCCUCCGCUGAGGAAGUGCUGCUUCCCACAAUCUUUGGGGGCUCUCUGUAAUCCAUCCGGCUUUUCCCCUCUUGCCCCUGAGCCGAUGGCAGUUCCCUGACAUCAGCCUUCUGGAAGGCACAGCUGCAAUGUUCUGAGUUGCUCCCCAGCACCCCUAAGUCAUUCUGGGUGGUAGCAGAGAUGCUUCUUCAUGAUGAUAAUUAAGCUCUGGGUUUGAUGCACACUCAAACUUCUUGCAUUUUUUGUUAUAUUGUGCCAUGUGAAGUCCUAUGUGUUACCGGAGAUACAUUAAAAAACCCUCUGUUACAGCUGCCAGUAGGUGCCUAUGUCUUUAAAGUGACUGUUUCUGCUGAAAAUGCAUUUGGAGAAGGAUUUGUCAAUGUCACUGUCCAACCAGGUAAAUCAGUUUUUCAGACAGUUAAAACUAAUAUCCUCCUCUCGCCAUACCUGCAUGCCAGUUUGAUGAAUGGUUCUUUUAAUCAGUUCUGAAUUUCAUCAGAGAGUGAACAGCUGUAAAAGUUUUACAUUUUUAUAUUGCAUUUGUGUAACACUCCUCCUUUGCCUUUAGAGGGAACCACAGGGUGGUAAAUGUUCAAGUGCAUCCAGCCUUGUAAUUUCCUGCUCUUCUGAUUUUUUUUGUGGGGCAGUUACCCUAGAUGAGCACUUGAUUUGCACAUUCUAUGUUAGUGUUUCCCCUCCCCUCUUCUUGCUGCAUGUUCAGGAUCUACAGUAUAGCAUUUGGGGGCAAGAAGGUGGAAAAGGGACUCAAGUUGCCCAUGUAAAUAGUUUUGUAUUGAGUGCUGGGUAUGACUUGCCCACUUGCAUGGGCCUUUUGGUUUCUGCACCCAUCUCCCCCCCUUCAUUUUGGACCCAUUUAUUAUAAAAUAUGAUGAGGUGCAGAUGUAUGUAAGCCUCUGUUGUGGUGUACUUCACAUAUCCAACAGUAUGGGAUAUUGAAAUAUUUCUUAUUCCAUGUUUAUUCCUCCAAGGAGUUUGUGGUGGCAUACCUGGUUAUCCUUGUCCUCAUUUGAUUUUUAGUCACAACAACCUUGCAAGGUAGAGUUAGGCUAGGGGACUGUGACUGGCCCAAGGCCCACGCAGUCAUCUUCCUGGCUGAAUUGGGGGAAUUGGACUCUGGUCUUUGCCAGCUUAAGAAUUUAAGAAACCUGGGAUUUGGGUGGUUUUUUUGGUUGUUCCCUGUAACCGCAAGCCAGGCACAAUUUAUCCAGUUUGGGAUUGUACCAGAAGGUGGCUUUGCUAAAUCAUAAUUUACAAGGAUCGGUUUUUCUAUUGGUUAUGACAUUUUUUUUUUAACCUACUGCUUUUAUAUUAACUGUUUAAUCUUGUUCAGCAACUAGUGAAUGCUUUUUGGCUGUGGAAUAAGCACAAAGCUAUCUCAGGCUGAUUGAGUCGUGCAGGAUGGCCUUAUUUAAUUAAGCAUGGGGUUCUGUUUCUCCCCUUCCCGCAGCUGUCAGAAUAAAUCAGCCGCCUGUUGCUAUCGUAUCUCCAAAAGCCCAGGAAAUUUCUUUCCCUACAACUUCUGCUUCCAUUGAUGGGAAUCGUAAGUACCAGGCAGCAACUGUGGCUUUGCAGUGUAAUUAGAAUUGCUCACAGGGAUACCAGCUUAUUAAUUUAUGAUUCCGUGGCAUUUCCUUUCCAACACAGAAAGUACUGAUGAUACUGAAAUAGCCAGUUACCACUGGGAAGAAAUUGAAGGCCCCCCUAGAGAAAAGAAGGCAUCAGCUGAUACACCAGUUUUACAUCUGUCUGACCUCGUGCCUGGCAAUUACACUUUCAGGUGAGAGGCCUACAUUUUUGCGUUUGGCUCCUCAGACCACAACUCGGGCAUGGACAAGUCAGAGGAAAAGGCAACCAAAGUUCUUUGUUUAAGUUAUUUAGUUAGUAUAAUGCCCUUCACCUGAAGAUCACAGGGUGGUUCACAACAUAGAAAUGGAAAACAAGAACACAAAAUGUGUAAUAGUAAAGAACAAACCAAUAAUCCCCCUCCCACAAAUACAUUUAAAAGGCCAUAGAAUGUUAAUCAGCCAAAGGCGUGGUUACAGAGAAAAGUUUUGGUCUGGCCCAUAAAUACUGUAUAUGUAAUGAAGGUGCCAGGCGAGUCUCCCUGGGGAGAGCAUUCCACAAACGGGGAGCCACCACAGAAAAGGCCUGUUCUCCAAUUGCCACCCUCUGGACCUCUUGUGGAGGAGGCACAUGAGGAAGGGCAUCAGAGGAUGAUCACAGGGUCUGGGUUGGUUCCUAUGGGGAGAGGCGGUCCUUGAGGUAUUGCAGUCCUGAGCCAUAAUGAUCAAGGGGGUGGUGUGACCUCCCCCUAUGAGGAAAGGUUGCAGCAUUUGAGACUUUUUAGUUUAGAGAAAACAUAAAAGGUAACAAGAUAGAAGUCGGUAGGUUAUACAUGACACGGAGAAAGUGGAAAGAGAGAAGCUACUUCUCCUCUCAUGACCCUAAAAUUUGUGGACACCCAACAAAGCUGAAUAUUGGAAGAUUUCAAGGCAGAUGGAAGGAAGGUACUUCAUCGCACAGUCCGUGUUUAAACUAUGGAACCUUCUUCCACAGCAGGCAGCGAGAGGAUUGGAUAAAUUCAUGGAGGAGAGGGCUAUUGAGGGCUGCUAGCCAUGAUGACUGGUUCUGAAUACCAGUUGCUGGAAACCACAGGAAGGGAGAGUCUUGUUCUUGUUGUGCUCGAAUCCUGCUUGUUGGUUUCCUACAGGCAACUGUUCAGCCAUUGUGAGAACAGGAUGCUGUACUAGAUGGGCUAUUGGCCUGAUCCAAUGGACCUUUCCUAUGCCUGACAUUGUAUAUUACCUCAGACACGGAAAAGGUGGGUGUGGUUUGCCUCCAGCCUGGCAGGCCAAUCUCGAAGGCCUGAUGGACCUAGGGUUGCCAUAUUUCAAAAAGUGAAAAUCUGAACACAAUAGUUGUUAGGCUUUCUUUGGCAAAGUUGUUGAGCUCCCCCCCCCCCCAAAGAAGAAGUUCUUGAGCUAUUUUUAAGGAAAUUCACCAAAAUCUAGACUUCCUACAUGGGUUGUCAUACGUCUGUAUUUUCCCGGAUAUUUCACUAAUUUCCUCCUGGACACUUCUUUUGACUGAUGUAUUCCAGCUAUGUCCGGGAAAUUCCAGAUGUGUGGCCACCCAAGAUGGACCUAAUUAGGUCCAUAGUCUCUGGAUUCUGCGCUCCUGAGGUAGAAGAAAUCCGUGCACCUGAAUUUUGAGAAUGGGAGAAAGCACACAUUCAAUAUCAUUAAUUAUUCACAUAUCUUUUCUCUUCCUUUUUAGGUUAACAGUGAUUGACUUCAGUGGAGCAGCUAACUCUACAGAAGCCUCACUGAGAGUCCAUGAAAAAGUGGAUUUCCCUCCUGUUGCCAAUGCAGGGCCAAAUCAGGAAAUCAGUUUGCCUUGCAACUCCGUCACAGUGAAUGGAAAUCAGAGCAGUGAUGAUUAUGAGAUAGUCAGCUAUGAGUGGUCCCUGAGCCCGAAAAGUCGAGGCAAAGUGGUAGCAAUGCAGGUAAAUGGAGAUCGUCUUGCCUCAUUUAAUAAUAUCCACAACCCCCCGCCCUCCGAAUCCAGUAGCUUUCAGAUCAGGAGUUUUGUGGUGCUUGGUGAAAACAGGCAAAAAAAGCCUGGUUGCACUUUGUAUUGUGCAGGAAAUGGUGAACAUUACCUUGAAACACUUAGUCUCUUCUAUUUUUGCCCUGGCUAGGAAGACACCUGGAAACCAUACUUAGAGUGGACCCUGUAAAAUAUUGCAUGGGACUUUAAAAAUUAGUCAUUUCAGUGAGUCUACUGCGACCAAGUCUGGAUCCGACCAUCUGUGUUUAGGCAAACCAUUGCAAAGGAGCAAUAGUGAGUUUUGGACAUGGUGACCACACUUAAUGUCACAGAUGUUGAAUUGUUGCGUUCGAAGUUCUGCAGAAUAUUGUAAGCCUAUUCAGGUGGUUGUGAAAUAUUGGUACAAUAUUUCUGUAUAAUGCAGAGGUUUUCUUUCUGUGGCACCCCUGUGGGGCUCAGGAGCCCAGUUAUGUCACCCCUUGCCUGCAGAGCUGGCAGCCCCUCACCCCUUUUUGAACCCUCCCUUGUGGAGUGUUCCCUCAGCCUUCUCUCCUCUCUCCUUGGGAGUCCUCCGGGCAGCCACAGCUGCUCCCUCUGGUCUUUGAGCUGCCCCCCCAACCUCAAAGAGAGGUGCCUCCUUCUACUGCCCCACAGGGGCAUGGGAAGCACCCCCUGGCCAGCCCCAGAGACACCAUUUGCCUGGGAAGCUUGUAGCCAGGUCUGCUGCAACAAACAGCCGCAGAAGCCUUUGGGAGGCAGAGAUGCAAGAGGGCAUCAGAGGAGGCAGAGAAGGAAAGAGGGACAGAGACCAGUGUUCUCGCAGCACCCCUGACCCAUAGUUGUCAACUUUUCUCUUUUCUUGUGAGGAAUCCUAUUCAGAAUAAGGGAAUUUCCCUUUAAAAAAGGGAAACAUUGACAGCUAUGCCCUGACCACCCCAGAGUGCCACUGGUUGAAAACCACUGGUAUAAUGAUUUGUUAUGAUAAUAGAAAGCUUUAUACUAUUAACAUUUGCCUCAUUAUUUCCCAAUUUUCCUCCCGCACCUCGUUACCCAGGGGGUGAGGAGUCCCUACCUCCAGUUAUCGUCCAUGCAAGAAGGCGAAUACACAUUUCAGCUGACUGUUACUGAUUCUGCUGAACAGCAGUCUACAGCUGAAGUCACGGUGAUUGUCCAGCCCGGUAGGCAGAUUUAUAGUAUAUUUGACUUAACAGAACAUCCUUCAGCUGGCUGGCUGUUGAACCUCUAUGUACACGAGCUAACAAAUCUAAAUCUGACCUUUAAUAGUAAGUGGAAGGAGGAGGAGGAGGAAAGACUGCUUGCUUGCCAGGCAGCCUCCAUUAUUUAGGAAUGUGCUGAGCACAGAGGCCAGGCAAUAAUAGGAGCUGAACUCACAAAUGCCCCACCCACUCUAUAGGGCUGAAGUGCUUUGUCAGUUAGCAUGAUUUUUUUUAGGUUAAACCUAGUUCAUACUGGCAUUCAACAUCUGCAAUACGUUGCCUGAGUAUUGCUGUCGCUGAUUCAUAUCUCAUUGAGUAACUCAUGGAAAACCCAUAAGACUGCAGCUUUGCCAUCAAAGGUUGCUUCCAAGUAGUGGCAUGGCAGAUGAAAGAAUUAAGCCUUGCGACUGCUUUUUCUGGGCCACCAGGAGGAGGUUGCUUGUCCCUCCUGGAACACAUGGCCGCCAGGCCAAUUUCUGUCCUUGAUGUGAAAUAGAACUUGAACCCUCUACUACUGUUCACAGCAGAUUACUGUGAGGAUGUUAGAAUUCCUGCUCCAUGAUUGCAGUCAUGGGAUUUUUGUCUAUCACAUGACGGUAUAUGUUUUGACUCCACAGAGUGGGAAGUGAAGGAGACAGGCUGUUUGUGUUACUGUGUUCUGUGAAGUGGGACUAUUGUCCUUUGUUCUUUCUCCUUGCUGUCUGAUGCUAGAGAGAGAGGGAGCCAUGUUGCAGCGCUCCAUGUGUGUUUACUCCUCUGUUUACUAGGAGAGGGCACGCUUGAUACUCAGGCAUGCUCUUUGCAUUGCUUUCUCAUCCAGGACACAGGACGAGAGGUGGAUUAAGUGAUAUUCCAAGUCACUCCUGGUACCGUUAAUACAAUAGCCCUUUAAUACUUGGGAGAGAGGAUAACCCUUGUCAGUUACAGACUAGAAAACACAGACUGUAUUUUGAGCAAUUUUUGCUUUGUUUCACUACAGAAAAGAAUAGCCCCCCAACAGCCGUGGCUGGGCCAGAUAAGGAGCUGACAUUCCCUGUCCAGAGCACCGUUCUUGAUGGAAGCAUGAGCACUGAUGACUUAGGCAUUGUUUACUAUCACUGGGAGAAUAUCAGGUAUUUUGUAAGAGUGGAGGAACGUAUCUGGUGGGGCCAAACUAGUGUCUCCUACCAUGUUACACAGAAGGAACUUAAAAGCUUGGGGUGGAUUGGAACCAUUUAGGCCUACUGCUAGUUUCUGCAUGAACCAAACAAAGUCCCAAGUUUAUAUGCAUCAAUAUUGUUCAUGCCAAAUACUGGUUUUUUUUUUUGUAAAAUGCUAAUAAUUGUCCACUAGACAAUUAUUCUUCCAGAGGAAGAAUGUGGUAGUUUAAUGAGAACUUUCAUAAUUCAGUGAAGAUGAAUGUACUUUUCUCAGGGAUUACCAUUUGAUCUCAGAGGCAUCCCGGUACAUAUCACAAAUAUCUCAAAGCCACUCGGAUUUCUGAACUGAAUUUUGAGGCCUCUUAGGUAAAGUUUCUGGCUGAAUCUGAAAAUGGCUGAAGAGCACUGACUUUUUCCUUAAAUUCGGAACUCGAAAGAAGCAACCCGUGAGUAGAUUGGAAUUCGGACUUUAAAAUAUCUAUCUGUGAAUUUGAUACGACCGGGGGAUGUGUUAAAGGGACGUCCGCACCCCCUUCUGCAGACGAUUUAAAGCAAUAGCAGGAGAACUAAGUUGGAGAGUCUACCCCUUUGGGGUGAGUUAAAAGACAUUAACUUUCACGAUUUGAUAAAAGAAGUUUUGAGCUGGAGUGUAAGAGUGGAAUUUUAGAAGUUUUUCUCUUGUGGUGUGUAACCCCCCUUCCGGGCCCGGGAGCGUCCUGCCUUUGAGCCUGUUGAAGAGGAAGGAGUUUGACAGCUGUUAAAGCUGACAAACGGGCAAUUUAAAGUAAAAAAGCGUGUUAUUUAAGAUCUCCCUGGACUAAAUGUGAUACAAUUGAAUUAAAGUGGUUCGAAACAAAGAAACAAAGAACGAGGCAAAGGACUGUUGGGAAAAGAUUACUAAGUAACCAGAUUCCCUCUAGGGGAAUUCUGAGACAUUACAAUGGCUGCGGAUGGAAAUUUACUAGCUGAAAUAGAAAGAAUGUGUUACUUUGUGGGAACUUUACAAGAGCAGAGUCUGGCUAUGAAUAAACAACUUACGACCUUGACUUCUGGAAUAAGCAGCUCUGCUGAAUGUAUUGAGGAUCUGAAUGAGAAAAAAUCUGCAGCUGAACCGGAACAGAUAUCUCAAGAAUUGAAGGAGACUAAACAAGGAAAGGAGAAAGCACAGAUGGAAAGUACCAACCAGAAGCCUACACAUGUGGAUUAUAAACAAGAAGACCCUUGGAUUACAUGGAUUACAAAUCUGCAAAAGAUGCGAAAGAUGAAGGAGGAGGCCCCUGGAGUACUUGGAAUUCAAGAACUUAAAAGAAAGAAGAAAUAUGAUGGGGGCCUCCAUUCUGAAUAUGAAGGACUGGUGGAACUUUUGCAGCAGUUGUCUCUAAGUUUUCUUGUGGGAAGAAAAUCUGGCUUGACUGGGACAGAACUCCUUCGAGAUCCGAAGACCAACAUAAAGGACUACCAACAAAACCGGCGGAGAGGGACUGAAAGAGACUUGAAGGCCUCGGAUGUGAGAAAUCCAGGCUAAGAACUGUUAUUGUAGAAAUGUACUUGGGAAGGGACGAACCGGGGAUGGGAGGGGGGGAAAAUAGAAUUUUAAAAACACUUACGAUUUUUGGGUCUAGUCAAUAUGAUUGAUGCUUAAUAAAAAAUGGGAAAUCUGAGCCCAACUUAGGAUAGAAUUUAAUCUUCUACAAAAGAUGUAAUAUUAACAGGGUAAGGAGGUAAAAUAAUAACUUGCUGACAUAAUUAUGGGAAUUGGGAUGUAUGAAGGGGGUGGGGGAAGUCAAGGACCAAAGUUAAGAAAGUAAGAUUUUUUGAAAUUAUACAUGUUUUUGUCUUUGUCUUUUACGUGUGUGUUAGAAAACCUGCAAGCCUUGGCCUUUUUAAAACCGCCAUCCAUUAUGUAAGUUUGCAAGGAGGCUUGCAAGUGAAUUUCAGGCCCUCAAGUGAAUAUCAGUUUAAAGAAGUAAAAUGCCAAAUUCUACCUGCUACAGAUGGAAUGUUGACACUGUUUAAACCUGUUUGACGAGGUAACCUGAAGAAGCCAAAUGAUUUGCAUUUCUCACCAGUUUCAGUAGCUAGUGUGGAAAGUUGCUAUUGGCUCUUUUAUUCAACAUGAAGAAGUAUUCUCUUAAAGCUUCAAAAAUGUUCAUGCCACCACCCCUUGAACUUGCUCCAUUUACUAAAAUAGCAUUUUUUGUUUAAACUGAGUUGAAUCUGGUUCCUGAGUUAUGCCUUCCUCAUCCUUUUUCUUUUUGCUCCGUUGCAGUGGGCCAACCUCUGUGCAGAUGGAAGACACUGAUAGCGCAGUUGCAACCGUCACAGGCCUGCACGUUGGAACCUACCAUUUCAGACUGACCGUCAAAGACAGCCAAGGACUAAGCAGCACAGCCACAAUCUCUGUGACUGUCAAGGAGGGUAAGGCUCACUGCCCCAUUCGCAUUUGAUUGGAGGUUUAUAGGCUCCUCUCCCAACAAGGAAGUUGAGUGCAAAGCAGCUCACAACAAGAAACAGCAUUUGAAAACAACAUAGAGCAGUUCCAUUAAUAUCACAAUAUAGUCCUAUGAAAAAUAUUAAAGCAUCAGAAAAGCAACCAAGUAUUUUGGUAAAUGAAUUAUUUCAGUGUGGAUUUUGAGCCCUGCCAAGUUCUGAGAGUCUUCUUCAUCUGAGCAAGGCAUUUGGGAUACUAUACCAGGCAGAGGGCCUUCUCGGUGGUGGCGCCCGCCCUGUGGAACGCCCUCCCACCAUCAGAUGUCAAGGAAAUAAACAACUAUCUGACUUUUAGAAGACAUCUGAAGGCAGCCUUGCUUGGGGAAAUUUUUAAUGUUUGAUUUUUGUGUGUGUGUUUUUAAUCUGUUGGGAGCCUCCCAGAGUGCCUGGGGAAACCCAGUCGGGUGGGUGGGGUAUAAAUUUAUUAUUAUUAUUAUUAUUAUUAUUAUUAUUAUUAUUAUUAUUAUUUCCAUUCCUAUUCUUUUAUUUCCUGCUCAACUCUUCAAAAUAAAGCUCUUCCUAUCUUACAAUUUUAUUGUUUAGAAAGCAACCGCCCACCCCAGGCUCAUGCAGGGGGCAAGCACAUCCUCGUUCUUCCCAAUAACUCCAUUGCUUUGGAUGGUUCGCAAUCUACUGAUGACCAAGGGAUUGUGUCUUACCUCUGGAUUCGGGAUGGCCAGAGCCCAGCAGCUGGGGUAAGUAUUUUAAUAAUUUAAUGAAGCCAAAUUGAAUGUAUUGUUUAAAAAAAUCCAAAUCCAAACACCGUACUCUUUGCUUGCAUUGCUGCCAUGUAACAGUAUGGCCCACUGGAUCCAAAUUGGACUUGCAUGGAGCAGCCUUGGGCAAGCCGAUCCGAGUCUCAGCUUUGCAGUCUUAAAAUAGGAGUAGAAGAAACCAAACCCAUGGGUUUGAAGAUGCACUCUUUGGCUGUAGGAAGGGUGGGAGAGAUGUUGGCAGACUCCAUCGCCCAUCAUCCCCAGCCAUUGCAGUCAAUUCUCAUAGAUGGUAGGAGCUGCAGUCUAACAACAUGUGAAAAGCCACAGGCUCCCAACCCCUGACCUUACUUUGUUAAUGUGGUUGUUCUAGGCCAAUUUGUGGUGGGUAGUUGUAAAAUCUUGGGCAAUUUUUAUCUUGCCUUUGAGUGAAUAUUAAUCUGAAGCAGUGUUGACUUCUCCUUUUGCAGGAUGUGAUACAUGGCUCAGAUCAUGAGGCCAUCCUGCAGCUGACCAACCUCGUAGAAGGGAGUUAUUCCUUUCACUUGAAAGUCACCGAUGGCAAAGGAGAGUCAGACAUCGACAUGGCUACUGUAGAAGUGCGGCCUGGUAUGAGGACGUUUAUAGCAUGUUGUCCCUCCCAGAUCUGUCCUCUUCUCCUAUAAGCAGCUUACAGCAAAGAUCUUGUCAGGCCAGGUGACCCAUUCACAUGCGAAACCUUGGCUCGGUAGCUCAGUGGCAGAUUUCCCAUUGCUGCUAAAAAGUUGUUGUGGUUUGAUUCCAUUGCAGUUCAAGGCAGGGGCCUAAAGCAGAUAUGAAGAACAGUCCUUUCAGAAGUCUUGAUUCAUUUCAUUUCCAGUCGUGGGUGGAGUGACGAUACUGCUUGAAACCCACUUUGCAAGAGGUAGCUCUAUAAGCAGCUUAUAGAUCAAAUCAAGGCCUUCAAAUCUGUCCCACUCUGCAGCCAAAACUUUGUUUCCUCCUCUCAUUGCCAUAGCCAGCACACUUCCUUGGUGGCUCUCUGAUCCUUACCACCAUGUUUUCUUCAUGAGAGCAUACAUGGCCUGUAUGGUAAUGCAAUAAAGGACCCUGAUGAGGUGGCCAUCGUUUUGAGCCAAAUUCUACCCUAUGUUGUGGCUAGAUGAAAGCUUCUAUUUGUUGGUUAGCUGCUUUUAAUCAAGGUGCAUCCUGACAGGCUAAUAGUGUGCAGGUAGAAAAGAGAAGUACAAUGUAAAUGUAAGCCUGGUCUCAUGGAGACUCACCUUGUUUUGCCUGCUCAGCAAACCUAUGAAAAAAUGGCCUCCGAUUCCAUAAGCAAUAACAUGGAUUACUUUUUAUGCUGUGUUCUCACAUACCUGCAAAUACUGAUUUGGAUAGUCAUGAUGCCUUUCAUUUUAUUAUCUUGCUGGUCCCUUGUUUUCUGGGUUUUUGGUACUCCAUUUCCUUUCUGCUCUUCUGCUUAGCUGCUAAAUUUUGCUAACCUUUAUAAAUUAAUCCACCUGCAUUUUCUGAUGGCAUGGGUGACAAAUCGGAGGGAGAUGGGGAAUAACAUAGUUCCCUCUGAAAUUCAUGUGCUGCAUUUGAGAAUAUAACUUUGUAUUCAGCACAUGAUAAAUAUCUGCUUGGAACCUGCAUGUUCCCUGUUUGUUAUUGCCGACUGAAAUUUGUAGUAAAUACUAAUUUUGAAACCUGACAUCCACAUGUCAAGGCAACAUUUGCCAUGCUCCAAAUGAAAAGCACUAUUUUUGCAUUCACAGAUCCUAAGAAAAAUGGACUUGUGGAACUGAUCUUGCAAGUUGGAGUUGGCCAGCUGACUGAACAACAGAAAGACACGCUUGUGCGGCAGCUAGCAAUGCUCCUGAACGUCUUGGAUUCUGAUAUUAAAGUUCAGAAGAUACACACUUAUUCUGAUAUCAGGUACAGAGAUACCAAAAAUAGAUGUAACCCAAAAUACUACAGACCAAUAAGCUUUGUUUCAAUGGCAAGCAAUACGUAGAGCAGGUAUAAAAAAAAUUGGGCUGACUCACUGACAUGAGCCACUAGCAGGGAUGCGAGAAGGUAUAAUUUUCCAUUCCGCUGUGUAUUUUUCACAUGCAGCACUGUCCGUUCCAUUGCAGUUCAUCUUCUGCCAAAAACAAUGCUAUUCAACUCACUGUAAUUACAUAAGUUACAUUGUUGUUACGCUAUCAAAAUAACUUCAUAGGAAUGCUGCAGAACGAUUGCCGACAGGAGUGCUCAGAGAACUGCACUGGCUGCUGGUUUGCUAAUGGGCCAAGUUCAAGGUGCCACUAUUAGCAUAUAAAGCCCUUAACAACUUAGGACCAGUUUGCCUACAAGACUGCCUUUCCCCACAUGUGCCCACUUGACCACUCCGAUCGGUGGAAUAUGCACUACUGCAGAUGUAAAUAAUAUUUGCAACAAUCAAGUUGCAAGAACUUGAUUGUUUUAGUGUGGCAGUGCCUGCACUUUGGCUCUCCCUGCCUACUGGGACCAAGCAGGCACCUUCACUGAACUGUUUUCGGCGCUUGCUAAAAACAUUCUUGUUUAGACAAGGCUCCUCGGAUGUCCAGAAAGUUGAGGUAAUUUUAAUGUUUCAGUAUUUUAGCUUCUGUUUGCUUUUAAGUAUGGUUGCGAGUUGUUCUCGAUUUUAUUGUUUUAUCUUUUCGUAAACGGCUUUGAGGGCUCCCUGCCCACAGUCAAGUGGUGUAUAAAUUUUACAAAAUAAAAUUAUUCCACCCCAUUCAUUUCCAUGCACAGGAAACACAAUGCAAAGGGUGGGGGGUUGUCUGAAUUAUGUAUUGUUUGCACACUGAAAGUAACAACAGUGAAUACUGACUGUAUUUGCUGUACUGAUUUCUAUUCCAGAAAUGGGACUAAGCAAACAUUGGCAAUUCCCACUCUUGUUUUUCUUUUCAUUUCAAUUCUCUGACAUCCCUUGCGUCUAGUGACCUUAAUCUAACACUGAGCAAACCAUAUUUGCCUUUAAAGUUUACCAAGUCAAGAUAAUAAGUUGAUAGGUCACGGUGAGAACAGAAUGCUGGACUAGAUGGUCUUUGGCCUCAUCCAGCAGGGAUGUUUUUAUGUUAUUAAUUUUUUAAAAAAAUUAACAUGCAUGAAUGCUUUGGGAUAUGUAAACACCAUUGUUCUGUAGCUAAAACUUGAGAAGGUUGCCCACUUUGUAGAAGACGCAUGCUGUGUUACGGCCUGUUCAAUCACGUGUAAUUUCAAACAGCUAAGGACGGCAGCUGAUGCCUGCGUUUCCAAUUGAGAAAUAAAAUUAAAAUCACCGACUAUCUCUCCCUGUUGCACAAUCAGGGUCUGACUUGCAUGGGGAGCCUGUGUGUGUGUGUGCAGGAGACUCUUUGCUUCAGAAGUUUGCCCUUUAGCACAUCGAGGGAAGGCACUGGGUUGAAGUGGGCAGGGCUUGGCAGACCAUUUGUCCUUGUGACUGCCAUUGCACGAGUGAACCGAAGCCCGGAAUAGGGGUUGUGCAAAGGCCAAAUCAAACAGUCUGAUUGUGACAAUAUUUCUUAAAUUGAAAAGCCAGCCCAUUUGAAUGCUAUAGUCCGGUUAUUUACAAUAUAUACAUCCUCUCUUCAGCACAGCUGUUGUGUUCUAUGUUCAGAAUGGCCAUCCUUUUAAAGUGAUGAAGGCAGCAGAUGUUGCGCAGAUGCUACGCUUGCAGCUCUUGAAGGAGAAGCCGGACUUCUUGCUUUUUAAAGUGCUUCGCGUUGACACGGCUGGUAUGUAGUAUUCGUGUUAUGCUGCAGAACAAUACCAAAGCCCAAUGCAAUAAUAAUAAUUUUGAUGGUUUUUGCUGCUAUAGGUUGCCUCUUAAAGUGCUCCGGACAUGGACAUUGCGACCCUAUCACGAAGCGCUGCAUUUGCUAUCAGCUGUGGAUGGAAAAUUUGAUACAGAGGUAUCUUAACAGCGGAGAGAGUAAUUGCGGUGAGUUGAGAGGAAACGGGUGAAGUGUUUCAGGCAGGGACUCUGAAUAGACUAGAUCUGUGAUGUUGCCAUAUUGAAUGCAUAAGUGCAUUAAUGGUUCCUCUAAUAACUUUGAACAUUCUACUUCCACCUUCUAGAGUGGAGUAUACUUUAUGUAACGGCAUCAGCUUUCAUUUUGAUUGUGCUGAUGGCGGGGUUCGUUUGGCUCUGCAUCUGCUGUUGCAAAAGGUAAAUGAUCUCUAAUGAAGCUCGAUACGAACAUCCCUUAGUUCUAUAGUCACCGAAAUAGCGUAGAAACUUCGUUUGUACUCAGAAGCAUCUACUGAUAGGUUUGGGAGAAUAUUUGCCCUUUAACCACCCUGGGAGUUUGGCAAGUGGCUAAUGGGAAUUAAGGGGUGUCCAAUUCAUCUAAGGUGAGGCAACCAUAAGAGAUAUGUGGCUGCCCAUAGCACAAUGGUGUAGACGCAGCUCCCAUGUAAAAAACUAUCUGUGUGAAUAACCACCUGUACAGGUCAAAAACAGUUUUUCAACCAUGCCUGUAUGCCUUUGGUUUUGGUUUCUUGUAAACGGGCUUCUCCACAUGGAGCUCCACCAAGGGGUCAUGCCUGUUGAAGUGACCCCAAGUAUGACAGCAUGAAUGAUGCUGAAAUGAGGAGGCACGCAUCAGGAGUGGGGAACCCUUUAACGUUCCCUUCCAGUCAACCUUCUGAGGGAAGGUGGGAACAUGGCAGAGGCGGGUAGGCAAGAGGCAGAAAUGGGUUGAGCAACGAAAGUCCAUGUUUUCUAUUUCCACACACUCACUCAUCCCUCUCUAUUCUCCAUCCAGGUGAACAAGAAGCAGGAUCAGAGUUCAAGGAAAUAUUCUAGUCAGGCAUAAACACUCAAGCAGGGUACCAAAAAAAUAAAAUAAAAUGGUGAGGGGUGUGCCCUGGAGUGGGGUAUGGCUGGGGAGUGGGUAUGGCCUAGGAAGAAUCAUGAGGCCUAGUAUUUCAUCCUUGGUUUACAUAAUGUAUAUCCUUUGUGGUUGGGGUGGUUCCUAAGGAAAUAUCACCUGUGGGGGGGGAUGGGUACUUGGUUUCCCAGUUUAAGUAGAAUAUUUCAUCUUUUAGCAGAAAGAGGACUAAAAUAAGAAAGAAAACAAAAUACACAAUUUUGGAUAAUAUAGAUGAUCAGGAGAGAAUGGAGCUCAGGCCUAAAUACGGUAUGUUUCUUUCCCCCUUUUUCUUUUCAUGUCUUCCAACCUUUGCUACAAUUCGUAUGUGACUUUCUGUUUCUUGUGCUAUUAAUACAGACUUUUCUUUCGCAUGCAUCUGGCGCUUUCACAUUUUAAGGCAGGAUAGCAUCUAAUGGAGUGGACUGUCUCCGAUAAAAGUCCCGGCCAUGUUAAAUCUCCCAAGUUGCAAUAGCACUUGCAUUUCCCUGCCAAGGAACCAAAAAAUCACCAUGUAUUUCUUUUCAAUUAUUUCUGCCCCACCUUUCUGCAACAAAAGCAUGCUGUUUCCUUUUGUUUGGAUUCUGCUGCAACUGAAGUUGGUCUGAACUGGUUGUGGUUCAGGCCAAUAAAUAUUGCUGUCAACAUGCUCAUCAGAGGUGAAUGACAGCUACUGCUUGCGUCCCAAAGACAGGCAGUUGUGUUCCUUGAUGAUAGGCUCACAGGGCAUGUGUGUGGGUAGUACUAAGUCAUUGAUUCAAUCAGUGCAAGGAUUUAUCUGUGCAACAGAACACUCCCCUCUCUAAAACUGCUCUGAGAGUUUCCUCAACCCUCUGGAGUAGAUUUGGGAACGGUACAGGGCACGUGUGAGAGGAAGUCCCUUGUGCUCGUCCAAUUAUUUAGUUGAGUAGCAUCCCCACUCCUCUAUUGGAUCAUAACAGAAGGAGCAGCAGACUCUAGCAGUGAUGUCAAUAAGCUUAUUUACAUGUCACCUGGAACAUUGCAUGGAAAGGAGAGCCAGUGUGCUGUAGUGGUUAAGAGCAGUAGACUUGUAAUCUGGUGAACCGGGUUUGCAUCUCCGCUCCUCCACAUGCAGCUGCUGGGUGACCUUGGGCCAGUCACACUUCUCUCACUCACCUCACAGAGUGUUUGCUGUGGGGGAGGAAGGGAAAGGAGAAUGUUAGUCGCUUUGAGACUCCUUCGGGUAGUGAUAAAGCGGGAUAUCUAAUCCAAACUCUUCUUCUUCUUCUUUAGAAAGAGUUAGCACCCCAUGUUCAUGUUGGAUUGCUUGUGGUGGUGUGGCUCUGGGUGAUGGUUUAUGGUAGUAAGACGUAACAUUACUUCCUCAAUUUGACAUUGCGGAUGAGAUAACGGAGAUCAAAUAGUAAGCAGACGUUGCAAAGAAUCUUCUGCUUCCUAUCUCCUCCCUAUCUCAGGUAUAAAGCACAGAAGCACAGAACACAAUUCCAGCCUGAUGGUUUCAGAGUCAGAGUUUGACAGUGACCAGGACACCAUCUUCAGCAGAGAGAAGGUUGAAAGAGAGAACCCAAGGAAUGCCAUGAAUGGUUCCAUGAAGAAUGGUGUCUCCUUCAGCUACAGCUCAAAGAACAGAUAAAUGAAGAGGCUGCAGUGGAAGGACACGUGCUAAAGCUAUGCUGCUGCUCCUUCACCACCCCCCUCCCAAACUAUACUGGUGGGAGACGGGAUGAUAAACUUCCAGCAUAGUAGAAAAGGAAAUGGACGCGGUGGACUUUCCCCUUCAUUUCUUUAACCAGUAACGUAUUUUAACUCGCCACAUGGGUUAGGUGAAAGGGUUUUCAAGUCUAAAAAUGGUUGGAGAUGGUUUCCAUAUAAAAGGUUAUUGCUCAAGACUGUUACAUUACAAGGAGCACAUAGGAAAGCUACCUUAUAUUGUUGUUUCCUUUAGAAAACAGUGGCUAUGCAUCUGUACAAAGACACACCAGUAUGCAAAUGUACCUUGAGUUAUUAAAAAGAAAACCAGUGUGCGGCUAUAGCCUCCAUCUCCUUCCGGUCACUUUUAGUUUAAUAAAUAAGAGGGUUGAUGAAAAGGGGGUUUUGUGACAUCUGCUUUGGUAAAGCAGUGGAGUUGAAAUCAUUUUUUCAAAAGACUCAAUGCAUUAUCUGAAGCAACCUAACUGCAGUAAAGGACGUUAGUAUUUGGAUAGCAGACUUCCUGUCUGGCAAGCCCAAGUUGCUGGAAGAAAGGAAAGAUCCGAGUAAAAUUUCAAGCCUGGUGCUACCUUCUUGUGAGUGGAUGCCACACUUGGGAGAAGGUUCUAUACUUGGGAGAAAUUGGUGGCACAUGCCAUAUGCUACCAAUUUGACCCUCUUCUGUCUAUUUUGCUGAAGAAAGGCUUGCAAAAUCAUUCCACGUUCUUUGAAAACUGCAGCUUUUGUGGGUACAUUGAUUUGGUAACCGGUCCUGGAAGUUUUAACUCCUUUCCUUCAUUUGCCUUGUGAAGUGCUGAGAGUAAAUCAGAUGUGCUCAACUCCAUUGACUGUGGCAUUCUGUGUAGUGAAAGUGUGGGCCAGAAAUCACCUAGUCUUAAUAUCUAACAACGCUCAUAAAACAUGUUUACUGAACAAGAACUAAUUGUCAUCGGGUUUCUGUGUGUGCAUCAGCACUCUCCCUUCAUGAUAAACACGAAGAUAAGCACAAAUUUGUUAAAAAAAGGUUUAAAUUUCAUGUUAGGGGUUUAACCCAAAUGUUGCUGUAAACAAAGAAGAAUGGGCUAAACAGAAGUUUUAAGGCACUGUGAUGAUUUUUACCCCUGGAGAGUAAAGUGUCAUGUGUCUCAAGUAUUGAACAAUUAGCGAUUCAGCUGUUCUUUACCUGAAGUCACACAAAGCAAACAUAUAUUACACCUGUGUAACCAAUUUUUCUCAAUAUACAGUUCAGCUUUAGGAACCUUGGUUUUGUGUCUUCUAGAAGUUGUCUGUGCAACUUGAGGGCUUGCAUAUCCUUUCACCAGCAGAAGUUGGUCCAAUGAAAUAAGUGGCUUUCCCAUUUUGUCUCCAAGGCAGAACUAGUGCACCUGCCUGGUCCUCCAGGUGAUGGUACUACAAACUCACAUCAUACCUGACACUUGCCUGUGUUCACUGGGAGCUGGAGCUUAACAAUAUCUGGAGGGUCACAACUUCUCCAGCCCUGUGUUGAAGAAUACUCAUACCAAUGUAGGAUUUUUUUAUUUUUUUAAUACGCUUACAAAAUGUCACAGAUCUGACAGUAGAUGUGAAUGUCCACCAAUUUUAAAGUUAAACAUUUAUUACACACAGCUGUUUUCCCAACACCCAAAGCAAAUCUACACACAAAAGUGAAAUGUAAGAAUUCAAGUAUCACCUUCUGUUAGUGAAUUACUGUAUACAAAUAAUAACUCUUGUUAUUUUUUAUGUAAACAUACCAUACAAAUGCAUAUUAACACUUAGCUGAUCCAGCCCCAAGAGAAAAUUUCUCCAAUAAGGCUAGUAGUAUCUUGUUACACUUGAACAAUUUGUGCUUCUCAAAUGUUUUGCUUCUUUUUCCUCAAAAGAGGAGCGUUGACAAGCUUGGGCUGUAUUGAAUCCCUAGAUUGUUUUAGUUUUGUAUUUUGUGUUUCAGAUUUUGAAUUACAUGUAGAGCAACUGCCUUAAAUAAUAUAACAGGAAGCAUUUCUAGACUUGUCUGUAAGACUGUAGAUCAGACUGUGGUAUUAGCCUAUAUGCCCACAAAUGUAAAAAUUAUUGUUGCUGGGUUAUUUAAAAAAGUAUGUAAGAUUAUAUAGAUUAAUUAUUCUUCCUC